AAGACCAACAUGGCGUCUCUCGGCAGUAGUGAAUGGAGAGCUAUCUGCGACAAAUUCACCAACGCCCAAAACCUCACUGAUGUAGAAUCACGAAAUGACCCAGAAAAUGACCCGUUCCGCUCCAAAUACAAGGCCAGGGAGCUGCUCAGAGAGAUAUACUGCUCGCUGAAGAGUUUCGAGGCCGGCGAAGGUGAAGAGGACGGGGGCGGAGAAAGCGGGGAGCAGCGGCCGACAGAGCCGCCGGUGGACGGGCAGAGGGAAGAUGUGUUCGGUCAGGGCUUCAGCGGCGACUCGCCAGCCGGGCUGCGGGCCGCUAAAAUCGGGGCUGUGGAGUACUAUCUGGGCGUCAACCACGUCGACACGGAGGAGCUGUCAGCCGGACAGGAGCAUCUGAUGAACUGCAUGAAGCUGCUGGAGAAAUGCAGAGUGUCGUCUGAGAAUGUGUCGCUGUUUAUUCAUGUCAGGAACCAGCUGGGCAUCCUGUGGGCAGGCCGGGAUGAGACGGAGACAGCUCAGGGGUUCCUUGAAACAGCAGAAUCCAUCUACCAACGUUAUAUGAAGGAGGAUGGAAGUCCUCCCACUGAUAUGACAGAAUACUUUACUACUGAGGAGAAGCUGCUGACACACCAGGAAAGGACCAAGAGGUUUGAGUUGGCCUACACCCAUACCAUGUACUAUCUUGCUCAAGUCUAUAAAAACCUUGGUGAAACUGAGCGUGCUGCCACUUACUGCCACACUACCCUACAGAGACAGUUACAGUUAAAUCAGUUCAGUCCAAUGGAGUGGGCUCUGAACGCUGCCACACUCUCACAGUAUUACAUCACUAAGGGCCGAUACUUUGAAGGCAGACAUUGCCUCUCGGCGGCUACUGUCAUAUCAGGUUUGGCAGGAGAGGUUCCUUCUGAGGCCGCAGCACAGGAGAGUGAGACAGAGAGCGAGCGCAGGGAACAGCUCAGACAGAAGAGAGCAGAGAUUGCGAGAUGUUGGAUCAAAUACUGCCUCAACCUCCUGCAGGAUGCUAAGAAGCUGCUAGAGGACAACAUUGGAGAACUGGACACUGAUCGUCAAGAAGAGUUGAAGAGAGUGAGAAGACAUGAGGAGGAGGAGGAAGAGAAGGGCAGGAAGAGUGCUCUGUUGUUUGGCUCUGAAGACACCUUCGACUCCAUUGCUAGCCUAGAAGAGAAGGUGCGCUGUUUGUUCCCACUGGACUUCACUGAGGCCAGAGCUGUAUUUCUGGUAGGACAGAACUAUGUCACACAGGCCAAGGAGUACUUUCAGAUGGACGGCUAUGUGACCGACCACAUAGAGAUCUUGCAGGAUCACAGCUCUCUGUUCCGGAACCUGGCUUUCUUUGAAGAGGAUCUGGAGCGGCGCUGCAAAAUGCACAAGCGACGAGUUGACAUGCUGGAGCCAAUCUGCAACGACUUGAACUCCCAGUACUACCUAAUGAUCCGCAGACAGCUGAUGUUUGAGUUGGCUGAGACCUACAAUGAAAUGAUGGACUUGAAACUGGCGCUGGCCAACAGACAAGCAGAUACACAGUCUCUAGAUAACCACACCAUAAAGAAAUUUAACAAUCUCUGCGCCGCCUCUGCCAAAUACUUCCAGAUGUUCCUCGACUCCCUGUGUUCUCCAGAGGGGAAGCUUCCGGAGCACCUGGAGGAGGAGGUGGUCAGACCAGCACUGGUGGCCCGCUUCAGAGUGGCCCGACUACACAGCCGGCUGAUCUGCUCUCUACCCUCGAUUCAGCUGGACAAUCUCAAUAAGUCUCUGGAAAACUAUAAAUACGUGGUGGAGUAUUGUGAGGCCCACCCCGAGGCAACAGCAGCUGUGGAGACAGAGCUGGAGCUGAGUAAGGAGAUGGUCGGCCUGCUCCCUCUUAAAAUCAACCGCCUCAAAGCAAGGAUGGCUGCAAACAACUGAAGAACGCCACUGUUCACUGAAUGACUUGGUUGCCUAUUUGUGUUAAAUCCUUUCAAAUGAGCCUUUCAGUCUAAGUCUAAAUUUACCACCUUCUAGGCAGUAGAUGCUCUAACAAUUAGAGAAACUGGAUGGCAGAUCGACUGACUUUCUGGCUUAUUUGUCUUUUUGUGUGCCGUGGGCAUGCUGCUUUCACAAGACCUUUUAACACAUUACAUGCUGUACAUAUGUGCUGUCCUAUGUGUACUAAAAAAUUGUGUGUGGUCGGUUUACUUUAUUUUGGAUAGCUAAUCAAAUAUUCUCUCUUCAAAAUGAAUAAGAAGAUGUAAUCUGAUUCAUUCUUAUUUUCUGUUAUUUAUUAAUCGAAAAUAAAGAGUUAAGUAUUUCUCGAUCUCAAAAAAGCAUUUGA